AUGGGGGACAGAGUGGCCGAGCGUUCUGAGACAUCUGUUGCAAUGAGCACCGUCGCCGGUUCGAACCUCGGUCACGGGCGGCAUCUCUCUUCGAGCAAGUCACGUUACUUAUUUAUUUUAUACUUAGACAUGGAUGACUUCACAAAAAAAUGGUUACUUAAUAUUGGAUUUAAACAUUUGAUCAAUACAUUUGAAGAAGAAGAAAUCAAUAAAGCAACAUUAUUUAUGUUGACUGAAUCAAUGCUAGUAGACUUAGUUCCAAAAAUUGGACAAAGGGCCAAUUUUUUAGAUCAAUUAGAAAAAUUAAAGAAAGUAAUUGAAAUUGAAAAAAAUGCACUAUUGACAUAUGAAUCGUUGAUGAAUAUGGAUGUUGUAAUAGAUGAAAAAGAUAUAUUAUACAAUGUAGCCGGACCUUCUCAAAAUAAUAUAGCUGAUCCUGUAGAGGACACUAAAAAAAAUUCAGAUAGUUUAAAUCCAAACAGAAAAAAAAAUAAUAUUUUUGACAAUUUAUUUGAGGAUGAAGGUUCCAAUAGUGAUAGUUGUAGUAACUUAACCGUUGAUGAAAAAUCUAGUAGUAAUAUUAAAUCCAGUAAAGGUAUAAUAAUAUUUAAAUUAAUUAAUCAUUUGAUUUUUCUAAAAAAAAUUAUAUAUUCUUCCUGUAUCUAUAAAAUGGAGAAUAAUAUGUGUAAUAAUUGUACCUAUGUAGAUAGUUUUAUCAAACAAAUAUUAAAAAAAUACCAAGAUGGUGUUAUUAUACUACAGUAUUACACUUCAAAUGGGACAUUAAACCAAAAGAUGAGAAACCGGCUUUGCGGAGUUCUGAUAAAAGAUGCUCUACACAGUUCUGAAUAUGGAAAUAAAAUAACCAGGUCUCAAUUUUCUAAAAUUGCAAAAGGUAUAGAAGAGUUAUUUCCUUCAGAAUCUGAAUAUGUUUAUUUCAUUCCAUAUUUUAGAGAAGGCAAAAAAGUUAGCCCUAAUCGAGGUAAACUUUAUGAUAAAUAUUGUAAUAUAAAAAAAGAAAUGAAUAAAAUCAAUGCAGCCUCUAAAAAACUUAACUCAUGCAAUAGAGAUGACCCAGUUUUUACAAAUGAAGAAGACAUUUUGGAUUCAAUAAAUUGGUUAAAGCAUAAUAUUGAACCAGAAAUAACUUUACAUAAGCUGUGGGCAGAAACUGCAAGUUAUCGCAUACAAAAACAACUAAAUGAUAAAAACACACUUAAAUAUCCAGCUUUAAAAAAGUCAACAGGUCACAUGCUUGUAAGUUUAACUAUAUAA